AUGUCUCAGCACGAUCUCAUACCGGUUGGUCCCGAACGCAAGGGCGCUUCCCUUGCUGCGAAGGGACUCGUGCAGUUGAUCUCCCACGAUCGAAAGUCAAUAAUUGAAAUCAAUAAUGAAGGCAAUAAAAGAUUGGAGAUUGGAGAUGAGUACGGAGUCAAGGGUCCAGCCCUGGAGGCGAAACGUCUAGGGAUCUUCGAACCGAUCGCUGUGGAAACCAUUCAAAACAAGAAAUAG